GGCUCCACCUCAGGGAAACGCUCUCCGGAGGCGGCUGCGCUUCUUUCAGCUUCGGUUCCUCUCGCCCACACGCUGUCUUCUCUUGUCCGGGGGCGGCUUUCGGCUCCACUCCCAGGGUCCAGACAUGGCGGAGACCGGAGGUGCGAGUGCGUACGGAGCCGCGCUGGCCGGAGUCGGCUUUGACUUCUACAAGUUCGUCCGACAGCCGCAAACUAUCGUGCGGGUCCUCAGCUGGGUGUUUGCCCUGGUGGUGUUUGCCUGCAUCACCACAGAGGGGUAUGUCAACCCUUCUAGCAGCGCCGAGGCAAAGUGCAUCUUCAACCAGAACGACUCGGCGUGUCAGUAUGCCGUGGGAAUCGGGGUGAUCGCCUUCCUGGCCUGCGUGGCCUUCCUCGUGAUGGAUGUUUACGUUCCCUUUAUGAGCAACGCCCAGGACAGGAAGUACGCUGUCAUGGCGGACCUUGGAUUCUCAGGGGUGUGGACCUUCCUGUGGUUUGUGUGUUUCUGCCUUUUGGCCAGUCAGUGGUCUCGCACUCAUGAUGUCAGGGCGAUCCCCGAGGACGCUGCGCGCGCCACCAUUGCCUUCUCGUUCUUCUCCAUCGCCACAUGGGGAAUCCUGACUUACUUCGCCCUGGGCCGUUUCCGUCGGGGCAUGGACGACGUCAGCAUCCCCACCUACACGGAUCCAGCCCCGGAAAUCCACACCCCGUACCCCGCCACCUACGCUCCCACCACCUACACCCCCACCACCUACACCUACCCCAGCAACGUGCCCGAAUCCCAGAAGCAGCCCCCCUUCACCUCAAACCUCCCGCCGCAGAGCGACACCAGCUACCUGCCGCCCAAAUACUGACGCAGUGGAGGGGGGGGGUGGGUGGGUGCGUGGGGUCUUCACGGAUGACGCGGCACUGCUGAGCUACAGAGCUCUGUCGUAUCGAUGCGGUUUUACAUUCAAGUCAACACACUGUUCAAAGUGUCCGAGAGGACGUGAGCCUCACGGCGGCAGGCUGGAGACGACGAGCGAACGCCGUUUACGCCAAGGGGCCUGAGGUCAGGUCUGAAGACACUGAAAGAGGCUUGAGCAAUGUGACCUUUGACCUGUGUGCAAAAGCAACAUUUACCUCAGACGAACUGAAUCUGCAGGUCAUCGGGGCGUUGCAGUGAAAACGAUCCUGCAGAGGAGCAACAAUCAGUGUGGAGGAGGCCAAACGUGUUUCUCUUUACUCUAGAGACGGGAUGGUCACGUGCCAUGUUGUUUUGAUUUUCAGGAUAUUUUUUCUCUUUCUUUAAAUGGCUCAAAAAGCUAUAGUAAUACAAUUUACCAAAUGGGUUAUGAGGUUUGUGGAGAAAAAAAAAUACAACCUAAUUUAAAUUAUUUUAUAAUCAUGGAUUCUGUAAAAAUAACACAAAUCCUGUGAUAAGUAAUCAGAAAAGGUUUUCCUUUCCUUUGCUGCUUAAACUCAUUAAAGCCAUGAUUGAGCAUUUCCACCAGACUAUUAACUGUAUUAACUGUAACAGACGUGUGUUGGUUUGAAAAGGUUUACAUGUGUUGAACUGACCUUUGAACUCGCAGCUAACUUUCCGAUGGAGAGGGAGGAGCUUGGAGAUAACGCGGCACUUAUUGUACAAGUCUUUCCACUGAAUGUUUUCUUCUUCUCUCUCUUGUGCAGCAUGUCUUCCUCCACCGCCCAAAAACAGAGCAACAGCUCCCUUCCUUGGUUAAACACUGACUUUUUUAUUUUCCUGAGACGGGAUGGGUUUCUUUAAUGAACAGGCUUCAAAGGUACAACUACAGAUCACUAAAAACUGCUCUCUGAGCUUGCAGUUCAUUUGCUUCGCCAGGUCUGUCUGGUGUAGAUCAGGGAACAGUUUUGGUUCGUUGGGUAAGCCGAAUUUAGACCUGCGAAAAGAUUAUGUUUUUCUUGAGUCAUCUGUGAACGGUGGAGUGGCGUCUGUCCUUUUUCAUGCCAAAUGUGCAUAAGUGGUUCAGAGAAAGAGGAAGAGAAGACUUUGUUUGUACCCGGAAUUGCCUUGCAACAUCACUCCGGCGGUCAAAGAUCAGAUCCAGGAGAGUUCCUGUGCUUACAGCACCCUGCAGAGGUGUCCAUACGUCCCAUUAAAUCUUGCUAAGACACUCUGGAGUUCUGGGGGUGUAGGUUGUGGGAGGGUCACAACUCCUAAGCUGGUUUGGGAACUGAAGAGUUUAAAAUGUGAUUAAAUCCUGUGGUAAUAUUCUUGAGUUGUAACAGCUGUGUCAAAUGCUGAAAAUCUAGUUCUUGGCUCUGUGCAUAAAGUUCAACUGUGGCAUCUACAGCAGCUUCUUUUAAUUUGUCACUUUGAUCGGCUUGUUUUGGUUUUGGUUUUUUUUCCCGUAGAGCCGUAAAUGACGUGGGUCUAAAAAUGGUGUGGCCAAGGAUUCGUGAUUUACUCAAUUGCAGCAAAUGAGCUCUGAAAUAUGUGUAAAUAAUGUGCACCUUGUUUGUCUUGCUUUAAAAAUAAUAAACAAAUUGGUUAAUGAA